AGAGCUUUUCACCGUCUUCCUCGUGCGUAAAAACCCAAAGGAGAACUCGUAUUGUUUUCUAGAGAGAGAGACGCGGAACGCCGGGAUGAGCACGGGUGGUGCGUUUUUGCGUAUUGGUGGUUCAAAGUGACCGAUGUCAGUUUGAUUGGACUUUGAAUACCCGAGAGGACUGGUGUGGGCAGAAGCCUCUACAGGACACACCGGCGAACACCCGUUUUGAGAGCACAAUGCGGGCGAAGAUGUGGAUAUUUGACUGUGCCAACACUUCGAAGCGUCUCUUCCCCACUUGGAGGCAGUUGUUUUGGUGUUACUACGCUGCUGUUGUUUGUUUGUUGUCCUCGCCUGUCAGGACGGACGAUGCUUGUCCAUUUUCCUGUAUCUGUGACCGAGACUCGGGGACUGUGACCUGCCGUGAAGGGGAGGACACUGAGAUACCUGAGGACAUACCGGUGUGGACGUCCUCUUUGAUCAUAACAGGGAGAAAUGUCUCAACUUUAGAGCGGGGUGCGUUCACAGCCAACGGCACGGAGUUGGAAAUGACCAUGCUGUCCCUCUCCUAUAACGGCAUCCAGGUCAUCGAACCGUACGCGUUCCUGGGACUGCCCCGGUUGCAUUUGCUGGAUCUGAGCCACAAUCGGUUGAUGUCGGUCUCAGACCGAGCUUUCCACGGAGUACCUGAGCUGCGGUCACUCUACCUGAACAACAGUAUUUUGACACCGGCCGUAGCGGACCUCUCUGGUGCGCUCGGCACACAAAGUUUGCGCAGCCUCCACAGGCUGGAGUUAGCGGGGAACCGACUGAGCUCCCUGCCCCUGGCGAGGUUGGACAUAUACAACCUCCACGUUCUAGUGCUGGUUAACAACUCCAUAGAGAGCAUCGGUCGGGAAAACGUCACCAACAUUUACCAGCAGAAGCGCCUGCGGGUUUACUUGUCUCUGAACCCGUUCCGGUGCAGCUGUGGGCUGGAGUCGUUUUACUACUGGCUGAAGAACUCGUCCCAGUGCCCAGAUGCAGGACAUCUGCUGUGCAGCGAACCGGAGGCCAAGAAGGGGACUCCCGUGGAGCAGCUCCAGGGAGAGGACCUGGACUGUUUGAACGAGAACCUCGAGGCGGUUUCCUACGUGUUCCUGGGCAUCGUGCUGGCUCUGAUCGGGGUGGUGUUCCUGAUGGUGCUCUACCUCAACCGGGGGGGCAUUAAACGGUGGCUGAACAAUAUCAGAGAGGCGUGCCGAGACCAGAUGGAAGUGUACCAUUACCGGUACGAGCAGGACUCUGACCCGAGACUGGCCAACGUGGCCGUUUAACCCUUCACCGGGGAAACAAAACAUUAUAUUACGCAGCUGGUCGAUAAACUGUCAUCUCCCCUCAGUCUGGGACAUGCACAGAGCCAAAGACAGUUGACCGUCAAGUGUUUAUCUUUUACAGCUGGAGACGUCACAUUGACUGUAACAUUGGACACUUUAAUGGUUUUCAAUUUACACUGAUUCAUUUCAAUUAUACUGUGAUGUCAUCAUAUCGUGCUCGUUUUAUACAAUGAGUUAAUACCAAAUGUCCUGAAUUCUUUUUUCUCAAGGCCACACAGUUGCAGACCGGUUAAUGCUCCUGCCUUACAGCUAAAACGUCAAUGGUUCAAUAUCUGACAACUGAUUUUCUCUGUAUGGAGUUUGUAUGUUCUCCUAGUGUGUGUGUGUGUGUGUGUGUGUGUUCUCCAGGUCCUGCUGUUUCAGCCAACAGUCCAAAAACAUUCAGGAUUACGUUAAUUAGACAUUCCUACAUUGUUCGCAGGAUUGAACAUGAACAGUUGUUUAUAUGUGGCCCUUUAAUGAACUGGGCAUCAGCACAGGAAACACCACCCCACCCCCACCCUCACCUGCAGCUCAAUGCUGGGAUUGGCUGCAACUCUCCGUUUGCCCCAUGAAAAAUGUUUGCAGUAGAAGGUGGAGGAAUAAUUUCUCAUAAAUUCCAGGAUUUUUACAGUUAUCCCGAACAUUAUCUGACAUCAACUUUAUUAUUUAUCAGAUGUAAAUACGUUUUUCCUCAAACCAGACCACGUUCAUGUUAACUUGCUCGAACUACAUCAGCUUUUCAGACCGACUAGUAUUACUCAUUUAUUAAGAGAGAAAUCCCCAGUAUCUAGUAACAUGGUAUACAGAUAUACAGUAUAAAAGGUAUGGUGUGAAGAGCUGGGCUACACCAGUACCUUACCUGUGAAACGCAGCCAUAACAAACAUCGAAGUAUCGUUAAAGGGAACAUGUGAGUGUUUUUCAAAACUGAAAUUUAAGACAGUGAAAGAGAUGGAAAGAAAAUCUGGGAUAUUAAAAAAAGCUGGGACUUUCAUCAGAUCUGUGUUCUUAGUGUAGAUGAGCAGUACUGGAAUCACCUUGUCCUAGUUCCGAUUUUUGUGUGUAUCCUUGACUAGAAAGGUGUGUACCGCUGGACUGUUCUUUUAUAAACGGGCAAAAGAUGACUGUGGUUGUUGUCAACAUAUAGUAAGAUAGUCAACUAGAAACAACAGUAGAAUAUCAAAUGCAGGAUGUACUGUAAUUUGGCAGGUAUAUACUUUACAUUUCAUCCUCUAUCAGGAAAUCUAGACUUGAAGCAGUGCUAUGCCGGAGAUGUACAGUUUCCUGUUGUAUUUUUAAAAAAGUUAACAUGUCCGUUUGAGAAAAUGCCACCGCGUAUGAGAGAACGUGAGGGAUCAUUUGAAACCAACAUUGUAAAUUAAAUGAGGCCUUUAAUGACUUUCAUAAACCUCGGUGACUAAUGGCCUACAGAUUAUUAACGGUGAUACAGUUCAAAUUAGGUUUUGAUCCUAUGUCAAACAAAAAAAAAAGUAAAAAUGUGGGAAAAGAUGUGUGUCUGCAUGGGAUUUCUUCAGAAGUAAUCCAUUUACUCUUGUUAUGACUUUUAGUACAUAAACCAAUAAAGGUUUGACUGAACUCCUGAAUUCCCCUGUGUUUAAUGGUGACUGACAAACUUUCUCUGUCUUUUAAGAAAUAAUCCUGAAGUCAAAAGGUAGAAUUAGACAUCCAGACAUUAUACGAAAAAAAAAAAAUCACUAUACAUGCUGUACACCGCAUAGAUCUGUUCUAAACCCAUGGAUGUAGCGACACAUGAAGCCCAUAAAGUACACCAAAAGUUGACUGCUGAUUUGACUAUGGAUUAAAGUACGAUGAAACAUCUAUGUGAAAAGACUGGUCCAAAAAUAAUUCUACUGCCUCAAUGUUUUCUCCAUGUUUUUCCUUUCUCUCUGGUUUUGGUUAUUAAAACAUGUAUGGAUAUAUAUUUGUAUAGGUGUAUUGUGCAUCCUCUUUAAACAUAUGUACUACCUACUACAAUGCUUCAUCAUAUAUUUUAAUCAAAAUAAA